UCAAGCUGUAUUGUGUAAGCAGCGUAUAUAAAAUAUGAAUCGCACGUGCUAUAACUUUAUUUAUUGACAACAGCAGAAUAUUUUUACUGGGUUUAUUUUGUUUAUUCGAAAAUGUUGGCCGUUGAUGUAAAGAAAAAUGUGGAGCGGCCACAAUCAUGGAAAGUGAUUAAUGAAAAUCGUAAAGCACUAAAAAAGCAACGUAAACAGGAAAAAGUUCUAAAGGAAUUGGAGAGAGCAAAAAAAGCAGAGGAAUUGGCAAAAGUCGCAGAAGAAGCGGAAGCACCAAAAGUAAAUCCUUCAACUAUAAGCAUAGCAAUUCCUGGCUCCAUACUUGAAAAUGCACAAUCUGCAGAAUUACGUUCCUAUGUUGCUGGGCAAGUAGCAAGAGCGGCUUGUAUUUUUCGAGUACAUGAAGUGAUCGUGUAUGAUGAUGUUUGCGUGAGUACCGCACGUGAAACAAAACAGAAUUAUGAUGAGUCCAAUGGUAGUACCGUACGCAGUAGUUCCUUGCAAUUAGCACGUAUACUACAGUACCUUGAAUGUCCACAAUAUUUGCGUAAAUUUUUCUUUCCAUUGCACAAUGACCUAAAAUAUUCAGGAUUGUUAAAUCCACUCGAUGCACCACAUCAUUUGCGGCAGCAACAUGCGUUUUUAUAUCGUGAAGGAAUAGUUACUGAUAAGCCAGCCAAACAAGGGCAAAAAUUUGUAAAUGUGGGUUUACUAAAUGAAGUACUUGUCGAUCAAGCCGUAGAAGAAGGCCUAAGAGUUACUGUAAAAUUAAAUUUAAAUGUGGAAAAUAAAAAAAAAUUGCGCGGCAGUUUGGUUAGUCCAGAUGAACCACGUAGAGAGACUGGAGUUUAUUGGGGCUAUACGGUGCGUAUAGCGCAUUCAAUAUCAGAAAUAUUUACUAAAACGCCAUAUAAAGAUGGAUAUGAUCUUAGUAUAGGUACAUCCGAUAAAGGUAAAAACGUGCAGGGAAUUGGAAAACAUGAUUUAAAAUUCAAUCAUCUGCUGAUUGUGUUCGGUGGAUUAAAGGGUUUGGAAGCUGCUUUAGCUAAUGAUGAUAAGCUGGAUAUAGAAGAUCCAGAAUUAUUAUUUGAUCAUUAUCUUAAUGUGUUGCCCAGACAAGGGUCUCGCACAAUACGUACUGAAGAAGCUGUGCUAGUUGCAAUGGCUGCUUUACAAGAGAAAUUAUGCCCACAAAAUGAAGAAAUGGAGGAAAUGUAUAAAGAUUUGCUACCAAGCAGUGAAGAUACAGGGUUUACACCUUAUAUACAAAAUAAUAAAAAACCAAAAAAACGUAAAUUUGCAGAACAUACAACGAUCGGUGAUAAAGAAACUUCGAAUGAAUUCAAAAAUAAAUUAGAAACGUAUGAUGUGGACAAUUCAAUAACAUCAGAUAAUAACGAACCUCCAAAUAAAUUCAAAAAUAAAUUUGAAAGUCACGAUGUGGACAAUUCAAUAACAGAUAAUAACGAACGUCCAAAUAAAUUUAAAAAUAAAUUUAGAAGUCAAGAUGUGGACAAUUCAAUAACAGAUAAUAACGAACGUCCAAAUAAAUUCAAAAAUAAAUUUAGAACUCAGGAUGUGGAUAAUUCAAUAACAGAUAAUAGAGAAACUCCAAAUAAAUUCAAAAAUAAAUUCCGGAGACAAGAUGAAAAUAAUUCAAUAAUAGAUAAUAACGAACGUCCAAAUAAAUUCAACAAUAAAUUUAGAACUCAGAAUGUGGAUAAUUCAAUAACAGAUAAUAGAGAAACUCCAAAUAAAUUCAAAAAUAAAUUUAGAACGCAUAACAAAGAUAAUUCAACAACUUUUAAUGAAGAAAAAGGACAGUUCGCAAGUGAAAACGAUGAUUUUGAAGUAGUAUCAGCAGUGCAUCAAAUUAAUAAUUCAGCUAUUAAAGAAGAUUCAGAGGAUUUGAGUAGAUUUGAUUGAAACUGAAAUUGUCUAGAUGGACUAUAUCAAACAUGCUCAAUUAAAAACAUUUUAAACAUCAUAAAAUAAUACUAAUAAAAAGAAGCUACUCUGUUUUAAGAAGCUGUGAUGGAAUACUAUUUAUGUAAUAAAACUUUUGUUGGAGUGAAAUCAAAA